GCUCGUGACACUGCGGCGGGAGCGGCAGCGGCGGCGUCCCGGGGCUCGGCGGAGCCUGUUGCCGCAGCGCGGCGCCCCGAGCCCGGCCUGUCGCUGUGCGUGGGCGCGGCGGGCGGGACGCCAUGGACCCGACUCAGGCUGCGGCGCCCCCGGCGGUGGGACUGCAGGUGAGGCCGGUGCAGGAGGAGGGGGCCCUUGACCGAGGCCAGAGGCUGCGGUACGGUUCCGCGAUGCUGAACGACGUCGCCCCGCUGGCGCCCACAGGUGCGACAGGUGCUUCGGACGGAUCCCGGGCCGCGCCGGCAGCCGCCUGGAGGAGCACGUGGCCCCCGGCCAAAGGACCGCAGGGCGCGGGCAGGAGCCGGAGCCCGAGCCGGCCUCCCAAGGUGACUAGGAGGCAGCGUCCCAGAAAGGUCGGGGGCAGGUUCGCCCGCGGGGCGCUGCCGCGUGGGGGGAGAAGGCGGAGGGGGGCCCCGGGCGCGGGCCAGCGCGACUUCCGCUGCGCCAAGUGCGGGAGGAGCUUCAGGCACACGCACCUGACCAUCAGGGUCCGCAACGGGCCGCCCGGGGAGAGGCCGGGCCGCAGGGCCGCCGCCUCCGCCUUCUCCUCCUUCAGCAAGCCGCUGGGCCGCCGGGCCUCCGCCUCCGAGAAGCCCUACAGGUGCGCGCGGUGCGGGAAGGCCUUCGGGCGCGUCUCCCGCCUCGCCGCGCACCGCAGAGCGCACGCGGGGGAGAGGCUGCACGGCUGCGGCGAGUGCGGGAAGGCCUUCCGCAGCAGGGCCGCACUGGCCGGGCACGAGAAGACCCACGCCGGCCUCGGGCCCUUCGAGUGCGGCGUCUGUGAGAAGACCUUCCUGAGAAAGGCGCACCUCGCUCAGCACCAGAGAGCGCACGCCGAGUAGAUGCCGCGCCGCGCCGCGCCCAGCUGGUUGUGGGGACUCCCGCAGGCCGGGUUUUGGGGUCGGGGUGGGGGGGCUCUCUGGGAAGCCCCGCUCUGCCCCACGCCACAAAGUCCACACGGUCCCACCUGGUCACACGGCCGAUCGUUCCCAGCGCAGCAAAGUCGCCAAGAGAGCAGAGCUGGGCAUCCCUGGGCGCGGUCCGACUUAGUGUGGCGGGAAUUGCACCGGGGUGGGUGCGGGCAUGCUUUCAAAUACGGCUCCGCGUUUAUGGGCCGCUCCCAUUCACACCAGAACAAAGUCCUUAAGGCUAUGGUGAAGGGAAGGCCGUUCAUUUUAGUCUUACUCAGCCCCAAACCAAAAAAAAAAAAAAAAAAAAAAAAUCCAUAUUAAAUACAGGCUUUCUAAGCCCCACGAAGCAGGGGACUUUUCACACAGUAACUUGCCUUACUGAAGAGCAAAGCAUUCCCAACAGGCCAGGACAACGUGGGCCCGGCAGACGUGGCCAGGUCUUUGUUGGGAAGCCCGGCCUCAUUUGCCGCCAGGAAUCUCGCUCUAGAGAAGCAUCUUAGAGUCCAGCUGACCCGGGAAGUUGCCGCGAGAGUCCCAGGCACCAAGCACCAGGCGGCAGAGAAGUCGCCCUGAGGAAAGGCCUCGGAGUCCAGGGAAGUGUGCGUCCUGUCCUUCGGGGCAGCUCCCAACUCCCUAGACAUCAGAGGCCUGCGAGGGAGGGAGUGCGGGCGGUGCCGGCUGGCCCCAAGGAGCCCCGCGCUGCGUCUGGGUGCCAGUAGGCACAGCACACGGGGGGCGGGGGGGGGGGGGGGGGGGCGGCAUCUGCCAUCAGAGCCGUGUCGCGGCGUCCGGUUCAGCGCUGGCGAGUCCGUCCACGCUGUGCCCGGGGAUGUCCCUGCCACUCCACCUUGGAAGACUCGGCCCUAGAAAAUGACGCAGCGGCGUCUCAGCGCUCCUGGUGUCUUCAUGAAUCUCACGACACCACGUCCCUCAUGUAAGAAAAACCGGACGCGGUGAAAUCUCUUGCGACUGACCUGCUUCCCGUCGUCUGUCAUCCUUGAGUUUCAUCAGUGCUGUAGCUCGUGUUUGAAUUGCAUUUCUCCGGGCUUAAUAAUAUUCCAUUGUAAGCGCGUCCAUGUGUUGACGGGCAUCUGGGGCGGCGGCGGCCCGCACGUAGCCAGUGUUGGUGCUGACAGACAGACAGACGGGCCGCAGAGACUCGCGUUCAGACGGCCGCAGCCUAGACCGUCGUCGUCGUCGUCGUCGUCGUCGUCGUCGUCGUCGUCGUCGUCGUCCCGGUGUGCGCUCGCUCUGACGGCUGAGCACUUGCCCUCGCCGGCCGAUGCAGCUCCCAGAGCGCGUUCCCGUCUUCAGCAGCGUGUGACCGGACGCGUUCAUCUCCCCGCGGACACGGGCUGUCGUGAAGGAGGUUGCUGUGGCCUUGAGUGUACCGACGUGUCUUUGACGAUUGGCUUUCGACUUCUGUUGGUGUCUAUCCUGAGACACGGAAUUACUGACCGUAUAGAAAUGUGUGUUUUCCGGCUUUGUUUCUUCUCUUUCCCAGUGACUUGUUUCUGUGAAUGGUGGUGCCGUUGUGUAUUCCCACCACCAGAUAUGCAUGGAGUUCCCUAUUUUCUCUCCACCCUUGCCAAUACUUUUUGUAUUUUUGAUAGUAGCCGUUCUUAGGGGGUGUGUCUUGUGGGUUGGAUUUGUAUUUCUCUACUGACUAUUGAUGUUGACUAUC